AUGGCUCCACCAGCUGAGGAAUCUUUUUGUUCCAUCCUUCUACAUUACAUCCAGUCAGAGGGCUUGAACUCCGAGUUUGACAUAUAUAUGGCGUUUGAUAGAAUAUACAGAAGUUGCUUGGGUGAAAUUGGCCAUAAAUUUGACUUUGGAAGAAUGCUAUACCACAUUCAUGAUUAUCCAUUGGGUGUUUUCGACAUACACGCAAAGACCAUCUAUCUUGACGAGGACAUUCGUGAGGAAGCACUUGAGAUUUGGGCAUUAGAAGACCAUUACUGUAGCAACAAUAUUGAGCCUCUAUGGGAAACUUUGAAGAUAAUUUUUGAACCCCUAGGGCUUGACCCAUAUCCUGGUGAAAUGAGGGCGAGAGAUGAACGUAACCAUCGCAAACUUGCCCAAGUAGUUUGCGACUACUAGGCCGAAGAAAGACUUAUGGCAGCGCAAAGAAGAAGGAGAGGAAAUUGAGAUUGCUGUCGCGUAUUUACUUUUGAAAUUAUGGCACUUGUUGCGUUAUAUAUAUUU